UAAAUAUGAGAUCAUGGGUUUUGCUGGAUGAGAUCAACUUGGCUCAGCAAUCUGUUUUGUAGUAUUAUACCCUGUUAUGUUGAUAUAUGUAAUAAACUCCAGCACCUUGUUGGGUUUGCGAAGUUAGUGUGGCCAAGGAAACACUUGUGGCAGCAGUUGGAUGAUCGCCUUGUUGAGAUUGUUGUAUCAACAAAUCAAGAACUUCGUUUUCUUUCUAUGCAAGGUGUUUGCAUGACAUCUUCGCUAUUUGGUAAAUAUGAAGAUGGGGACAUCGUGAAUAAGUUACAAGAGAUUUAUGAGGUACUCAAAAAUUCGAGGGAGGAGCCUUUCACGAUUGAAGAGAUAAAUGAAAUUCGAGAAAAGUUGGCAAACAUCAUUUCUAGUGAUUGUCUUUGA